AAGCUCCAACUCGAUGACGUGUAAUGUGGGUUGUUGUCAUAGCUGGGUCGGGAAGAUUUGCAAAUGCGGUGACAACGAGGAGUGUUCUUUGAUCAACGAAAGGUGUAAGAAAUGUCUGACGCCCUGUACGAAAAGUUCCUUGCUCCAGAGGAGCCGUUUCCUCUCCUGUCCCAACGGGGUAACCCAAGUGAGGCGGGCACGCUUGAUGUUAGUGACUUCGGCUGCCAGCUAUCAUCCUGUCACCGGACUGACCCUCUUCGCCGUUUCCAUAGCAAUAGAUGGAAUCUGACGUCAUGUGGGACCAGCGUGGCGAGCUCAGAAUGCAGCGAGGAGCUGUUCUCCUCUGUCUCUGUUGGAGACCAGGAGGACUGCUACUCUCUUCUGGAUGACCAGGAGUUCACCUCCUUCGACCUGUUUCCUGAGGGUUCUGUGUGCAGUGACGUGUCCUCCUCUAUCUCCACCUACUGGGACUGGUCUGACAGCGAGUUCGAGUGGCAGCUCCCAGGAAGUGACAUCGCCAGUGGGAGUGAUGUGCUGUCUGACAUUAUACCAAGCGUUCCGAGCUCACCUUGCUUGUUCUCUAAGAGGAAAACUAAACCUCACAGGAACCUGGAUGAACUGCCAUGGAGUGCCAUGACCAAUGAUGAGCAGGUGGAGUACAUAGAAUACCUGAGCCGUAAGGUCAGCACAGAGAUGGGCCUGAGAGAACAGCUGGACAUCAUCAAGAUCAUCGACCCCUGCGCCCAGAUCUCCCCCACAGACAGCGAGUUCAUCAUCGAGCUCAACUGUCUAACCGACGAGAAACUCAAACAAGUGCGAAGCUACAUCCGGGAGCACAGCCCCCGUCAGCGGGCGAGCAGCACCAGGGACAGCUGGAAGCGCAGCGGCCACAGCAGCGCCAGCACCAGCGGCGUGAGCGGGGCCAGCAGCAGCAACGCCAGCAUGGUCAGCAGUACCAGCAGCUCCACCACGGGCUCCACCGCCUCCAACGCCAGCACAGCCAACAUCAGCCGCGCCCACAGCGACGGGAACCUGGCCAGCGCCGCCGAGCGCAUCCGAGACUCCAAGAAGCGUUCCAAGCAGCGGAAGCUGCAGCAGAAGGCGCUGCGCAAACGCCAGCUGAAGGAACAGCGUCAGGCCCGCAAGGAGCGCCUCAGCGGCCUGUUCCUGAACGAGCAGGUCCUCGCCCUGCGGGUCACCGAGGAGGAGGACCACAGCGACCACGUGGUGGACGUUCUGAUGUGACCACGGUGAUCCCAGCUCAGUGCUCCCUCUACGCCUGCCCCCUGAAUACACCUAUCCCCCCCCCCCCCAUCCGCACAGCGCCGAGAGUUAGCCCCCCCCGCCAGCCCCCCCAACACCUUCUAUAUGCACACGCCCAGCCACAACGGCUGCGUCUCAAUAGUCUUACACCGGUGGCUUUCCCUCUCCUGGUGUCAUGUCUGCCGUUUACCACAGGUGUUGUUGACCUGGACAGGUGGGGAAGGGAGGCUCCACCACCCCCCUGGUGGAUAUCCUCCAUGUUGGUCUCACUUGUCCUGACCUCAAAUCAGUAAAGGGUGGAGGGGACUGAAACGAGGGAAGGAAACUUGGAGACACUAGGAUAAGGUGCCACCGACAAGGUUUGAUCCGACUGAUUGGGAAUUGCACACAUUGUCCUGCAGUUGGCUUGUGAGUCUACUAACAAAGUUGGGAGCAUAGUAUUGUCAAGUCCGACAUUGACUUGUCUUUAGGUUAAAUUUGCUUUUGUCCAGCAUUAUUGUCAAUGCAGUACAACAUUCAGUUUUGGUACUUGAUACUACAAAGCUCUCUGCUUUGCCGUAACAAACAUUUUUGUUCGAUUCUAUGAAACCAAGAAUUGUAUGAAUGUAACCAAGUAUAACGGCUAUGCUGUCUGGCUAUUUCACGUAGCCAUUUCACAAGCUACUUGCCAAAGUAGCUUGUAUGUAGCUUACAUGUCAAAUUCAAAUAUGAUUGCUUCAGCGGGCAAGGUGAAUAACAUUGUUCCUUCGACUCUUGAGAUGUAUCCUGCAUUUGAUAUUGAGGGUUGUGGUUCCUCAUCAGAGCUUUAGCCAACCUGCCCCUAUGGACAUGCCAUCAUUGAUUACUAUCUCAUGCUUAUGUCGAGGACACCUGAAUCUGAAUUAAAUACAUAUAGGAACACCUUAUAGUAAAAUGUGUUCUUUUCAUUGUGCCACGGUUCAAAGUUUCAUGUUUCAUCUAAUGUUGAAACAUUCCCCAGCACGUGGCACAAAAACAUAAAAGGUUGACAACAAUGAAAACAUAAAAUAAGUGUUAUAGAAUGUAAACGUUAUCAAUUUGCUUAUUCUUCGUAUGCCACAUUUCAUCUGAAGGCACAGAGGGAGCACUGAUGCCCUUGCGUGCUAAAUCACCACCACCAUUUCACCAUCUUGGUGAACUAACAGCUGAGAUUUCUCAUCUAGACAAACGCUUUCAACGCAUCAGUCCUAUUUAAACGGUCCUUUUUCAUGUGUAGAUACAACUGUCAAAUGAUCAAGUGUUUGCUUCAAGAUUCCCCUUUCUGUUCCAUGUUUGACACCUUUUUGGAUUUUGAGUUCAGUUUGUCAGUGACAAAAGCUGUAAUCAAAAAGUGUAUAUAUAUAUAUCGUACAGAAUGUGAAGGCUUGCUAGACUUGCCUGUAGCAGAAAAGCAGGACAAGGCUUUUAUCUUGACAGAUCUAUUCACACAAUGAGAUCCUAUUUUCCGAUAGGAAAAUGCGACAGCAGUCUUACUCUGUCAGAAACGUUUUUAAUUGUUUUUGUUUUCUCCUUGUUUUGUGUUUGUUGAGGGAUGAGAGAGAGCAUAUCUGUUAUUACAGUAUUGAGCUAAAAUGUGGGAACUGUCGUGGCUUUGAAUAGUAAAUUAGCCUUUUCUAGUUCACUCUAAGGAAUAGGACUCGUUUGGUUCGGGGGGUUGAUUUCAGGAAAGAAGUUUCCUGACGCUUUUCCAUGUCCCCACCUUUCUGCUGUUGUGGACCGUUCAUGUGAACAAAGUAAACCUAUGAACCCUAACACUUAACACUAACUGCUGUUCAUUUGGAAAUGUAUUUACCUUAAGAUGCUUUACUUUUCAUGGUCUGUAUAGUUGGCUGUCUGUUUUGUUUUGGUUUUUUCUCUCUUGGCUUCAAGCAAUUAUGAAAACAAUAUAUUAGAUUGACCAGGUAGUGUCAGUAGAUCUCUAUUUUGAAAAUUGAUCAACAAAGGUAACAGAUCUAUUUGUGUAUUGUACCAUUUAUUCUAAGGACAAGGUUAUUGGACCAAGACAGUAGAGGAAGAAUAGUUGGUUCUUGGAAAUACGUUUUAUACUAAUGGUACAUUAUAACAUUUAGAUAUGUACUGAUUAGGAAAAAGCAUUACCAAAAGCAAGUUGUGUGGUCCACGCAAAUGUAAUGUACCUUGAACUGAGAAAUAAAUUGACAUUGAUGAA